AUGGUUCAGGAAAUAAAGCUAAAAGUUAGCAUGCACUCGGAAAAAUGCAAGAAGGAGGUACUAAAGACCGUCACUAAACUAGCUCAUAUCGAUGAGGUAACGGUGGAUUUAAAGAAGGAGCAACUAAUCGUGGUUGGGGAUGUUGAUCCCGUUUGUGUCGCGAAAUGCUUGAGGAAGAAACGCAAGGUUGUCGAAAUUGUAAGUGUAGGACCUCAUAAAAAGGAGAAGGACAUUACCGAUAAACAACAAUUUCCAAUUGUGUAUUACAACCAUAAUCCUUACAAUUAUCAAUAUGGACAAAUUUAUGAGUAUCCCUUAGCUCGUGAUGGUGGCGGUUGCAACAUUCUUUAA